AUGACCGAUACGUCGCUGCCGCCCAACGCCCCCAUGACCAACGGCAACGUCGUGCCUGGUCAUGGAGAAGCAGAUGCAUCCUCACAUACGAACAACACCGACACGACAACGCCCUUGCCUUCUCUCCAAGACAUUUGCGCACUGGUCAAUGGCCAGGUCAACGACUUCCUGGCCGCUUCUCCACCGGACGAAGUGACGAAGCGGACUCAAGAGCAGGCAAAGAUUGCGCUGGAGGUGAUAUCCAAAGCAUUAGAGGAUUACGAGUUCGGCACGCUGUCUUUGUCCUACAACGGCGGUAAAGACUGUUUAGUCUUGCUCAUUCUAUAUCUCGCCGUGCUGCACACCCACUACACACGACCCAGCAGCCGACGGAAACAAGACCAGCAAGAGGCGGAGCAAAAUCCAACUUCACAACCCCCUUUAAAAGAAUUUCCGCAAUCCAUCCCAGCCAUCUAUGCUAAACCGCCAGACCCGUUCCCCGCGGUCACUGAGUUCGUCGAGUACUCGUCUAAACUCUACCAUCUCGACCUGACACACAUAUCGACGAAUCCGGGGCCACGACCACGAGAAAGAUCGCAUUCCAACCCACCCCUGAGACACACAUCGUUGCCGGCUCUCUCGGAUCUGGAUCGACUCGAGCACGAAAUCGCCGCGCCCAAACCCAUCAUCUCCUUCCGCGAUGCCUUUGCAUUAUAUCUGACGGCGAACCCUCAGAUCCGGGCCAUUUUCGUGGGCACUCGUCGAACCGAUCCUCACGGCAGCAAGCUGACGCACUUUGACCCAACGGACCACAACUGGCCGAAAUUUAUGCGCAUCCAUCCCAUCAUCGACUGGCAUUUAUCCGAGAUCUGGUGUUUCUUGCGAUCCCCACACCUCAAGGAUCCAUUGACCGGCGGCCCAUUGAGGUAUUGUCCCAUGUAUGAUGAAGGGUACACCAGUCUUGGAGGCAUCAAUGAUACCUUGAAGAAUCCAAAGUUGAGGUAUGUCGACGAAAAUGGUGUCGAACGGUAUCGACCAGCCUACGAGAUGACUCAAGAUGAAGGCGAGAGACUGGGCAGGGAGUAG